ACAUUGUGCAGCAAAGAAAUGGUUAUGGAGAAGCCCAGUCCGCUGCUUGUAGGGCGGGAGUUUGUGAGGCAAUACUAUACUUUGCUGAAUAAAGCUCCAGAGUAUUUACACAGGUUUUAUGGCAGGAAUUCCUCCUAUGUUCAUGGUGGAGUAGAUGCUAGUGGAAAGCCACAGGAAGCUGUUUAUGGCCAAAAUGAUAUACACCACAAGGUAUUAUCUCUGAACUUCAGCGAAUGUCAUACUAAAAUUCGUCAUGUGGAUGCUCAUGCAACUUUGAGUGAUGGAGUAGUUGUCCAGGUCAUGGGUUUGCUGUCUAACAGUGGACAGCCAGAGAGGAAGUUUAUGCAAACUUUUGUUCUUGCUCCUGAAGGCUCUGUUCCAAAUAAGUUUUAUGUUCACAAUGAUAUGUUUCGUUACGAAGAUGAAGUAUUUGGUGAUUCUGAACCAGAACUCGAUGAAGAAUCAGAAGAUGAAGUAGAAGAGGAACAAGAAGAAAGGCAACCAUCUCCUGAGCCUGUGCAAGAAAAUGCCAGUAGUGGAUACUAUGAAACUCAUCCUGUGACUAAUGGCAUAGAGGAGCCUUUGGAAGAAUCGUCUCAUGAUCCUGAACCUGAGCCAGAAUCUGAAACAAAGACUGAAGAACUUAAACCUCAAGUGGAGGAGAAAAACUUAGAAGAAUUAGAGGAGAAGUCUAUUUCUCCUCCUCCUGCGGAGCCUGUUUCUCUACCACAAGAACCACCAAAGCCAAGAGUUGAAGCUAAACCAGAAGUUCAGUCUCAGCCACCUCGUGUGCGUGAACAACGACCUAGGGAACGACCUGGUUUUCCCCCUAGAGGACCAAGGCCUGGCAGAGGAGAUAUUGAGCAAAAUGAAUCUGACAGCCGUAGAAUAAUUCGCUAUCCAGAUAGUCAUCAACUUUUUGUUGGUAACUUGCCACAUGAUAUCGAUGAAAAUGAACUGAAAGAAUUCUUCAUGAGUUUUGGAAACGUUGUAGAACUUCGCAUCAAUACCAAGGGUGUUGGGGGAAAGCUUCCAAAUUUUGGUUUUGUGGUUUUUGAUGACUCUGAACCAGUUCAGAGAAUCUUAAUUGCAAAACCAAUUAUGUUUCGAGGUGAAGUGCGUCUAAAUGUGGAAGAGAAGAAAACUAGAGCUGCAAGAGAACGAGAAACCAGGGGUGGUGGUGAUGAUCGCAGGGAUAUCAGACGCAAUGAUCGAGGUCCUGGUGGUCCACGGGGAAUCGUGGGCAGUGGAAUGAUGCGUGAUUGUGAUGGAAGAGGACCACCUCCAAGAGGUGGCAUGGCACAGAAACUUGGCUCUGGAAGAGGAACCGGACAAAUGGAAGGCCGCUUCACAGGACAGCGCCGCUGAAGCUCCACUGUUGGCAAAGUCUUGACAGUGGUACAUUAUUCAUCGUGUUUGCAUUCUUGUUAGGUUUUUUUUUUUUGUUUUUGUUUUUUUGGCUUUGGAAUGUGACACAGCCUUUUUUUUGAUCAUUUCUUUGAUGUGAAAAGCAUCUUUCGGUUAUCAGUUAAAUUGAGGUGGACAGUAUUUCCCCAAUUUUACAACAGGAUUCACAUUGUUAAUUUAUAAAUCUAGACUUGGAGAAAUGCGGACUGAGAAAUGACCAUAAUUUAAACUGUCUACAAUGAAAUGAACUUAAAAGGACAUUCCCAACUGAAUCCAGGUCCUUUGAGUCAAAAAAAAUCCUCCGCUGCACAUUUUGUUUUAAGUGUUAACUGUUUCUGCCUAUUAAUGCUGGAAACACAAAUAGUGCAAUUUGUGCAAUUGGGGAAUCUUGCCUUUUUUUCUUGGCUCCUCCCAAAAAUAUAAAUCAACGGAAACGUGUUAUGCACUCAUCAAAAUGCACUAAUGGGUACGCUGAACUCAUUAAUAUUGACAUCUGCAACAGGAGGCAACAGGGAAAAAAUUCUUUCAUCUUCUUUUCCAGUAGAGAAUAAUUUGUGAAAUGAUGAGGGCAUUUUAUCUGCUUGCUGUGACCAGCGUGUGUACACAUAAACCUUAACAAGACUACAAGUAUAUCCAGAAGAAAAUAGUUAUGAACUAAACACAAUUAAGAACUUCAAAACCUUGGUCUUUGAAUAAUAGACCAGGUUUAGUAGCGCCGUAUCUAAGAUUUUCUACCUGCCCCUCUUCAGUACAGAGAUGGCUGGCUGCUCAACACACUCCUCCUACCCCUUUUCCUUUCUUUAUGCUGUGUACAGUGAAAAUGGUCUUUACUGUAUUUUUGUUCUCUGGUAAUGUAAUAAGCAUGAUGGUGCCUUCUAUUAAUACAUCAUUCCAGUUUUGCUGGUAAUUUUGUACAGUAUAGUGUAUGAAUUGCUGUGCUUGAAGCCAAACAGCUGCAAAAUGUUGAAAAAAAUCAUUGAAUUGUAUAAAAAUUGCAGUAUCUUUAAAAUCAGUAAAA